AUGGUUCAACGAGAAGCUUUUCCAGACGAAGUGCACCAGCUACUGGCACAAAUCAGCGAGCCGAAUAAGAAGCAGGUCGCCGUUGGAAAAGGCAGCAAACUGUACAAUUUGUCACCUUACCUGGACGAGCACCAAGUUCUGCGAGUCGACGGGCGGAUUGGAGCGGCGGUUAAUGUGGACAACUACAUCAAGUAUCCAGUGAUUCUCGCGAAACAACACCGUGUCAGCGAUUUGAUCAUCGAUUUUUAUCACCGUAAGUUCCAUCACGCUAAUUUCGAGACCGUGGUGAACGAAUUACGUCAGGUUUACCAUAUCCCACAAGUACGAUCCCGUGUGAAGCAGAUUGUGAAGCGUUGUCAGUACUGCAAAAUCAACAACGCUCGACCUCAAAUUCCAAGAAUGGCUCCUUUACCAGCGGCGAGGUUAGCAACGUGCACACGACCAUUCACUUUCGUUGGGUUGGAUUUGUUUGGUCCAUUCCAGGUUAAAGUUGGUAGGAGCUCGGUUAAACGUUGGAUCGCGCUCUUCACCUGUUUGACAGUGCGCGCUGUCCAUGUCGAAGUAGUAUUCAACCUAAGUACGGAGUCGUGUAUUAUGGCGGUUCGGAGGUUUGUUGGUAGGCGAGGAUCACCACUAGAAUUCUAUUCAGACAACGGCACCAACUUCCGGGGAGCCGAUAACGUGCUGCAGCAACAAGAGUCAAACAUCGAAGAAGGGCUGGCAUCUACGUUCACCAACACUGCAACGAAAUGGGUGUUUAUACCUCCUGGAACACCACACAUGGGCGGCGCAUGGGAGCGCAUGGUGCGUUCGGUGAAGAAAGCGAUGGAGACGAGCAUGAGCUCGUGUAGAAAACUAAACGAUGAGGGCCUGUGGACUCUAGCAAUCGAGGCUGAGGGAAUUGUGAAUUCCAGACCGCUUACGUAUCUUCCGAUUGAGGCAGCGGAACAAGAAGCUCUUACACCUAAUCACUUGUUAAUCGGAAGCUCCAACGGUGUCAAGCAGCCGACUGUAGAGCAGGUAGACGAAGUAUUAAUGCUUAAAAAUACCUGGAACCAAAUACAACACCAAGCAGACAACUUCUGGCGUCGAUGGGUUCGCGAGUACUUACCGGAUUUGACUCGGCGCACGAAAUGGCAGGGUGAAACUCGACCCAUUUGUGUAGGAGACUUAGUGAUCAUUGUGGACGAGGCAAGAAGAAAUGGUUGGGUCCGCGGACGUGUUAAUGAGGUCAUUCCAGGGCAAGAUGGGCGUGUAAGAAAGGCAAUUGUUCAAACUCAUAGGGGGCUCACUAGGCAAUCGGUCUCAAAGUUAGCUGUACUUGACGUUGAGGCUGAGGUACCAAAAUUAGCUGUUCUGGGAGUUGCGACUAAAGGUAACCCGGGAUCAUUCUGA